GGGAAGCUCUAAAUCAAAAGAGUAGCUAGAGAGAAAUCAAGGAACGAUAACGAAAUCGAUCAGAUCGCCAGAAACAAAAAAAACACCAAUAGCGAAAUGAGAAAUCUCAGCUGGGAGAGAUCUAUCUCAAUCUCCUUGUAGAUGUUGCUACUUCUUCUUCUCCAUAGAAACGAUAAUUUCAGCAGAUCUCGCUGAUUAAUCAAUCCGCAUUUUGGAUCUGAUUCGAAACUCCUAGGUAAGAACAUGGCAGGAGCGGCCUCCGCGCUGUUUCUGCUUGAUAUCAAAGGGCGCGUUCUCGUCUGGCGUGAUUACCGUGGCGACGUCUCCGCUGCUCAAGCCGAGCGAUUCUUCACUAAGCUCAUCGAUAAAGAGGGUGAUUCACAGUCAAAUGAUCCAGUUGCUUACGAUAAUGGUGUUACUUAUAUGUUUGUACAACAUAGUAAUGUAUACUUGAUGAUAGCAUCCAGACAGAAUUGUAAUGCUGCCAGUCUUCUCUUCUUUCUUCACCGCGUAGUGGAUGUUUUCAAGCAUUACUUCGAGGAAUUAGAAGAGGAAUCAUUGAGGGAUAACUUUGUGGUAGUGUAUGAGCUACUUGACGAGAUGAUGGACUUUGGUUACCCUCAGUAUACCGAAGCAAGAAUUCUCAGUGAAUUCAUUAAGACUGAUGCAUAUAGAAUGGAAGUUACACAGAGACCUCCAAUGGCUGUGACAAAUGCUGUCUCCUGGAGGAGUGAGGGAAUACAGUACAAGAAGAAUGAAGUUUUCUUGGAUGUAAUUGAGAAUGUAAAUAUUCUUGUCAACAGUAAUGGGCAAAUUGUGAGGUCUGAUGUUGUUGGAGCGCUGAAGAUGCGAACUUACUUGACUGGAAUGCCAGAGUGUAAGUUAGGACUGAAUGAUAGAGUAUUGCUGGAAGCGCAAGGAAGAGCAACAAAGGGAAAAGCCAUUGAUUUAGAGGACAUCAAAUUUCAUCAGUGUGUUCGAUUGGCGCGUUUUGAAAACGAUAGGACGAUUUCUUUCAUACCACCUGAUGGGGCUUUUGAUCUAAUGACAUAUAGACUCAGUACUCAGGUAAAGCCUCUAAUAUGGGUGGAAGCGCAAAUAGAAAGUCACUCAAGAAGUCGUGUUGAGAUGCUUGUAAAAGCUAGAAGUCAGUUCAAGGAACGAAGCACCGCAACGAACGUUGAGAUUGAGUUGCCUGUACCAACCGAUGCAUCUAACCCAACUGUUAGGACAUCUCUUGGCUCUGCCUCUUAUGCUCCUGAAAAGGAUGCGUUAGUCUGGAAAAUCAAAUCUUUCCCCGGGAACAAGGAGUACAUGUUAAGGGCAGAGUUCCAUCUUCCCAGUAUUACUGCAGAGGAAGCAACACCUGAGCGAAAAGCUCCUAUCCGUGUCAAAUUCGAGAUCCCUUAUUUUACCGUUUCAGGGAUUCAGGUUCGGUACCUGAAGAUAAUUGAGAAGAGCGGGUACCAAGCACUUCCAUGGGUGAGAUACAUAACCAUGGCUGGUGAGUACGAACUAAGACUUGUGUAAGGCUCAUUCAGUUUCAUCGUCAAUGUCAUUGUGAUUCCCACAUUCCUAAGCAAAACGAAACAACACAAAAGUAGAGAGAAAAAGAACACGUUUUGAAACAUUUUAGCUGAUCAAAUUUCCCCUUUUGAAUUUGUUUUAGAAGCCAUAUUCUUGUGAAUUUGUCUCUAUGGUAAUUUUAUUUUUAUUUUACUUGCGGCUCUUUGUAACCUUCACGGAACAUGAUUCUUGUUUUUUUCUUACAUACACUGUCUAAGUUUUUUGUUCUUCGA